UUGUCACAAAAACAAUUAAAACAAAUUAAAUAAUAAUUUUAAGAAACGCCUAACGCCCUACAUUUAAAUGAAGAAUCCAUCAGACGCUAAAACCAAAUCUAGUAACCAGUGCUGCCACCCGGGGGUGGGGGCAUCUAUAAAAACGCAAAACCGCCGGCGCCAUUGCAUUUCAGAUCAACGCAUCGAAGAGAGUGUUCUGUGUUUUCUAGUAAUAGUUAUUUAAUACAUUUUAUAAAUCAAAAUGAGGGAAAUCGUUCACAUCCAAGCUGGACAAUGCGGUAACCAAAUUGGAGCCAAAUUCUGGGAAAUCAUCUCUGAUGAACACGGAAUCGACCCCACCGGAGCCUACCAUGGAGACUCUGACCUCCAACUUGAAAGAAUCAAUGUCUACUACAACGAGGCCUCCGGCGGAAAAUACGUACCCCGCGCCAUCCUCGUCGACUUGGAACCCGGUACCAUGGAUUCAGUAAGGUCGGGUCCCUUCGGACAAAUCUUCAGACCAGACAACUUCGUGUUUGGACAGUCUGGAGCUGGAAACAACUGGGCCAAGGGACAUUACACAGAAGGUGCUGAAUUAGUUGAUUCAGUAUUAGAUGUUGUAAGGAAAGAAGCUGAAUCAUGUGAUUGUUUACAAGGAUUCCAACUCACACACUCACUUGGAGGUGGUACUGGAUCAGGUAUGGGUACCCUCCUUAUCUCAAAAAUCCGUGAAGAAUACCCAGACAGAAUUAUGAACACAUACUCAGUAGUCCCCUCACCCAAAGUAUCAGAUACCGUAGUAGAACCAUACAAUGCCACACUUUCAGUACAUCAAUUGGUAGAAAACACAGAUGAAACAUACUGUAUUGAUAAUGAAGCUCUCUAUGACAUUUGCUUCAGAACUUUGAAACUCACAACACCCACAUAUGGAGACUUAAACCAUUUGGUAUCCCUCACAAUGUCCGGUGUAACCACCUGUCUUAGGUUCCCAGGUCAGUUGAAUGCUGAUCUUAGAAAAUUGGCUGUCAACAUGGUUCCCUUCCCCCGUCUCCACUUCUUCAUGCCCGGAUUCGCUCCACUCACCUCAAGAGGCAGCCAACAAUACAGAGCGUUGACAGUUCCAGAGCUCACACAGCAAAUGUUUGAUGCCAAGAACAUGAUGGCGGCUUGUGAUCCCAGACACGGAAGGUACCUUACAGUAGCUGCAGUAUUCAGAGGUAGGAUGUCAAUGAAAGAAGUUGACGAACAGAUGCUCAACAUCCAGAACAAGAACAGCAGCUACUUCGUCGAAUGGAUCCCCAACAACGUUAAAACAGCCGUUUGUGAUAUCCCACCAAGAGGUCUCAAGAUGUCUGCCACUUUCAUCGGCAACUCAACCGCCAUCCAAGAAUUGUUCAAACGUAUCUCCGAACAAUUUACAGCUAUGUUCAGGAGGAAAGCUUUCUUGCAUUGGUACACCGGAGAAGGUAUGGAUGAAAUGGAAUUCACGGAAGCAGAAUCCAACAUGAACGACUUGGUAUCAGAAUACCAACAGUACCAAGAAGCCACAGCUGACGAAGAUGCCGAAUUCGACGAAGACCAGGAAGCCGAAGUCGACGAGAACUAAAUUUCAUACGUUAAUUUUGGAUCUGAAAUCAAAGCUUUAUAACUUUUAUAUUUGUCUCCUCUCCUUUUAUUUUUUAUUUAAGCAUGUUUUUUGUACAGUCUCUACAUUCCCGUUUGUAAAUUUCGAAUACACUACUUAAAUUAUUCCAAGACUGACUUUUUGUUGCUUGUGUUUCUGGAAUUUCAGGAAGUGUUUAGAUAUUUAACAUGUUUUGCGAACUGUUUUUUUAUGAAUAGGCAUUAAAACUGCUGCCAUUACUUAUACUA